GAAGAGAACAGUUGUGAUUAUGGAUCGUCUGUGGACCUGGUUCCCGACACGCCGCCGGGGCUCUUACAGCCUCGCCGAGCCAGACACGCCCAACAUAAACGAGGCUAAAGAGAAGAAAACAGGAAAGAAAAAGUGGAAGAACAUCUUCAGCAGGGACCGUAAGCCCAAAGAUGCAGGAAAGCUGCUGAAGGAGGCUCUGGAGGGCCAAGUGCGCCAGCAGCCAGAAGGUGAUGAGGGUCUGGAGCUACACUCCAGCUUGGAGGACAUUUCACCUGGUGUACUGGAGCUCCACGCUGACACCGAGGCUGGAGCUCUGAAAAACACCAGCCUGGAUGAGACCAGGGGUGAUACUGAGAUGCUCCUGUCUGUGGAGGAGUUCGAAGCUGAGGCCGAAGCCCUGACUAACACCAGCCUGGAUGAGACCAGGGACAUCAGCCUGGAUAAGACCAGGGGCAAUGCUGAGAUGCUCCUGCCUGUCAGUGAGCUCGAAGCUGAGCCUGAAGUCCUGAAUAACACCAGCCUGGAUGAGACCAAGGACGUUGCUGAGAUGCUCCUGCCUGUCAGUGAGCUCGAAGCUGAGCCUGAAGUCCUGAAUAACACCAGCCUGGAUGAGACCAAGGACGUUGCUGAGAUGCUCCUGCCUGUCAGUGAGCUCGAAGCUGAGCCUGAAGUCCUGAAUAACACCAGCCUGGAUGAGACCAAGGACGUUGCUGAGAUGCUCCUGUCUGUCAGAGAGCUCGAAGCUGAAGCUGAAGCCCUAAAGGACCUGAUCAAGACCAGCCUGGUUGAGUCAGAGGAGACCGAGCUUCAGAACAGAGGAGACAAUGAAGCUGAUUUAUUCAGCAAUGGUGAUGAUGGUGGUAUCACCGGAGAACACGGCCGGAGAAAGAAAAUCAGGAGAGGAACCCGGGGACGCGGCCGGAAGAUAUACUACAAAAAGAAGGAUAAUAACGGAUCUGAAAUAAUAAAUGAGGUGAAGGUUGAAGCAGAAGCAGAAGCUGAGGCUGAAGUCCUGACUAACACCAGCCUGGAUGAGACCAAGGACGUUGCUGAGAUGCUCCUGCCUGUCAGUGAGCUUGAAGCUGAGCCUGAAGUCCUGAAUAACACCAGCCUGGAUGAGACCAAGGACGUUGCUGGGAUGCUCCUGCCUGUCAGAGAGCUCGAAGCUGAGGCUGAAGCACUAAAGGACCUGAUCAAGACCAGCCUGGUUGAGUCAGAGGAGACCGAGCUUCAGAACAGAGGAGACACUGAAGCUGAUUUAUUCAGCAAUGGUGAUGAUGGUGGUAUCACCGGAGAACACGGCCAGAGAAAGAAAAUCAGGAGAGGAACCCGGGGACGCGGCCGGAAGAUAAACUACAAAAAGAAGGAUAAUAACGGAUCUGAAAUAAUAAACGAGGUGAAGGCUGAAGCAGAAGCUGAAGCUGAGGUCGCUGAGAUGAAGAACGUCCACUCUGAUGAGAAGGACUCAUCUGCUGAUCUGCUGAAUCCUGACCAACCUCUGGGUGAGGAAAGAAAGCAGUGGAUAGGUCGAGGUGACCCCGAGGACGGUAUGAAACAGAAGAAGAUCAGACGAGGAACUCGGGGCCUCGGCCGCAAAAUCAUCUACAAGAAAGACGCUUCAAAAGCAGAAGAGAGUGCUGCAGGUUUUAAUCAUUAGAACAGCGACUAUGUGUGCACUAAGAAAACUAAUAAAGUACAACAGUAAACAUUGA